CACACCCCAAAGCGGAGGAUUUCUGGCAUUUUGAGCAGCACUGAGCGGAUUUCUGUCGCAGCAAUGUAUACGCACCGUUAAACAUGUUUGACAACGCGCGCUCAGCAGCACCUAUCAUUUACUAAAGACCUGCUAUCGGAAAUGAAGACAUAAGAUUGGCUGGCACUGCUGUUAAUCGUUCCCAAAGUUUAGAGGACAGACUGAUUCCAGAGAGAAUGGAGUUUUGGAAUCUUGCCACGUGACAAGCAACAAGCGCAAAAGACAGAAAAGCACUGAAAGAGUUUUAAAUAGGCUUCUGAAUUUUUAUUGCACAAGACUGCACGUCAUACUGAAUGGCGGAUUGUUUUCACAAACAAGUGCUGAUCUGUUUGCACUGGCAGUUUAGCUAGUAUGUCAGAGAAGCGAGGAAAGGACUGUUCCUCUAAGAUGAGUCUUCCAGAGAAACAAAGUGUAAGGUCAGGCUCAUGGGUGUCCAGCUCUGAGUCUGUGAAGAGUGACCGGUCAAUGGAAGGUAAACAACCAGACUUAAGUGAGAAAACACCAUCAUCUUCCAGUGUUAGUGGAAGAUCAGACUCUGGAGUUUUCAGCUCUGUGUCUGUGAAGAGUGACAAUUCAAUGGAAGCACCACCGAAAUUAAUUGAGAAAACACCAUCAGCUACAAAAAGUGUUAGUGGAAGAUCAGACUCUGAAGUUUUCAGCUCUGUGUCUGCGAAAAGUGACAAUUCAAUGGAAGCACCACCGAAAUUAAGUGAGAAAACACCAUCAGCUACCAAAAGGGUUCAGUAUGAUACAUUAGAUUCAGACCUUCACACUCACAGUAACCAAAAGAAUUUCAAAGACAAUCUUCUGUGGAUCUUCCAGGACCUUGAGGGCAAAAUAAUUAAAUUUCUGAAAAAUGAACUGAAAAAAUUUGAGAAAAUAUUACAAAAAGACAGCACGCAAUGCUUUGUGAAGGACUAUGAUGAGGAUAGAUGCAGUAUCAAGGAAGCAGCUCUUGAUCUCACACUCUACUUCCUGAGAAAGAUGAAGCAAGAUGAAGCUGCUGAUACUCUAGAAGAUGAGCUGGCCUUCAUUCAUCCGCUAAAAUGUAGCCUAAAGAAGAAGUAUCAAUGUGUGUUUGAAGGAAUUGCAAAGCAUGGUGACUCCACUCUUCUGAAUAACAUCUACACAGAUCUCUAUGUCACUCAGGGUUGUAGUGAACAGGUCAAUACUGAACAUGAGGUAAGACAGAUUGAAGUUGCUUCCAGGCAUCAUGAAUCACAAGAGAUACAGGUUGAAUGCAAAAAUUUGUUUGAAGCACCUGAACAAGACAAGGAGAUCAGAAAUGUACUGACAAAAGGAGUUGCUGGCAUCGGAAAAUCCAUCUCUGUGCAAAAGUUUAUUCUGGACUGGGCUGAAGGAAAAGAAAAUCAAGAAAUCAGCUUCAUAUUACCUCUUCCAUUCAGAGAGUUAAACUUAAAAGAGAAAGAAACGCGAAGCUUGAUAGACCUUGUAAGUCAGUUUUUCCCAGAGACAAAAAGACUGAACAUUACAAGAAGGAAUAAAUUCAAAGUCCUGUUCAUCCUUGAUGGAUUGGAUGAAUGUCGCCUUCCUCUAAACUUUGAGGAUAAUGAGACAUGGUGUGAUGUUUCAUCACCAGCCUCUCUGGAUGUUCUCCUAACGAACCUCAUAAAGGGAAAUCUGCUUCCUUCUGCUCUGAUCUGGAUCACCACCAGACCAGCAGCUGCCAGUAAAAUUCCACCUGAAUGUAUUGACCGGGUGACAGAGGUCAGAGGAUUCAAUGAUGCACAAAAGGAAGAGUACUUCAAAAAAAGAUUCACAGAUAAGAAUCAGGCCAAAGAAAUCAUUGAUCACAUAAAAAAAUCAAAGACUCUCUUUAUCAUGUGCCAUAUCCCAGUCUUCUGCUGGAUUUCAGCCACUGUUCUCCAGAACAUUUGGGAGGAAAAAAGAAAUAAUAUAAAAAACAAUCGGGCUGAUGACUCCUCCAAAACACUGCAGGAAUCAAAUACUGAAGACACUCCCAAGACACUGACACAGAUGUACACACACUUUCUCCGCUUUCAGAUUCAGCAGAGCCACCGAAAGUAUGAUGGAAACUACACACCAGAUGUUUCCUGGGAUAAAGAUGCCAUCCUUUCACUGGGGAAACUGGCAUUUCAUCAGCUGGAAAGAAACAACCUGAUCUUCUAUGAUUCAGACCUGGAAGCCUGUGGUAUUGACAUCUAUAAGGCAUCAGUGUACUCAGGCAUGUGUACCCAGAUCUUUAAGGAGGAAACAGGGAUACUUUUUGGUACCAUGUACUGCUUUGUUCACUUGAGCAUACAAGAGUUUAUUGCAGCUCUUUAUGCACAUCUGUUUCUAGACAUCAACAAGAAAAGUGUGUUUGUUCAUGAAUUUACAGAACAGGAAAACCAAAAUGAAACCAUGAUUUAUUUGCUCAAGACUGCAGUGGACAAGGCACUUGAAAGUGACAAUGGACACCUGGACCUUUUUCUUCGCUUCCUUCUUGGUUUGUCACUCCAGUCCAAUCAACUACUCUUACGAGGUCUGUUGACACACCAAGAUGGUAUUGACCAAAGCAAAAAAGUAGUAGUUCAGUACAUUAAACAGAAAUUAGAGGAUAAUCUGUCUCCAGAGAGAUCCAUCAAUCUGUUCUACUGUCUGAAUGAACUGAAUGACCAAACUCUGGUGAAAGAGAUUCAGACCCACCUUAGAGAAGGAAGUCUGUCAUCUGCUGACCUUUCACCUGCCCAGUGGUCUGCUUUGGCCUUUGUGUUGUUGACAUCAGAGGAGGAGCUGGAAGAGUUUGAGCUUCAGAAAUUCAAGAAAUCAGACGAGUGUCUCAUUAGAUUAUCAGCACUUAUCAAAACCUCCAAAAGAGCUCUGCUAAAUGAUUGUAACUUAACAGACAAAAGCUGUCCAGCUCUGUCUAUAGUACUUGGAUCAGAUACCAAUCUGAAAGAGCUGAACAUAAACAACAAUAAUCUGCAGGAUUCAGGAGUGAAGCUGCUCUGCACUGGACUGAAUAGUGUAAACUGCAAAUUGGAGAUACUGAGUCUUUCAAACUGCAGUAUUACUGAAGAAGGUUAUAAAGCCUUGGCUUCAGCUCUGAGAUCAAACCCUUCACACCUGAUAGAGUUGGAUGUCACAGAAAAUGAUCCAGGACAAUCAGGAGUGAAGCUGCUUAAUGAUUUACUACAGGAUCCAAACUGUCAACUGAAGACACUGAGGUUUUUGGGUCCUGCUGCGAAUGAAGCAUGUCAGUAUGUGAAUAGAGUUGUGGGUAAAAACCCAUUAUUUCUGAGAGAGCUGAAUUUGAGUGGAUGUAAUCUAGGGGACUCAAACAUGAAACAGCUUGUUCCUCUACUGCAGGAUAAACACUGUACACUUAACACACUGAUACUUUCAGACUGCUGUAUCACUGAAGAAGGUUAUAAAGCUCUCGCUUCAGCUGUGAGAUCAAACCCUUCACACCUGAUAGAGCUGGAUCUCACAGGAAAUUAUCCUGGACAAACAGGAGUGAAGGAGCUCAAUGAUUUACUACAGGAUGUACACUAUAAACUAAAGACCAUCAGGUUUCUGAAAAACCCUGCUGCACAGGAAGCGUGUGAGUAUCUCACAAAAGUUUUGGGUAAAAGUCCAUUGCUACUGACAGAACUGGAUCUGAGUGAAGAUAAAUUAGGAGGCCUGGAUGGGGAGAAGCUCUCUGCUCUUUUGAAGGACUCUCAUAGCAAACUGGAGAAAAUUAAGAUGAAUAAUUGUGAGCUUACAGAGAAAAGCUCUUCAGUUCUAGCUACUGUUCUCUCCACCAAAACCAUCCUGAAAGAGAUUAACCUAAACAACAGCCGUCUGCUGGACUCAGGAGUCAAAGAGAUCUGUGAAGGACUGAAGAAUCCUGUGUGUGAGCUGAAGAUACUGAAACUUUCAGACUGCAGUAUCACUGAAGAAGGUUAUAAAGCUCUGGCUUCAGCUUUGAGAUCAAACCCUUCACACCUGAUAGAGCUGGAUCUCAAAGGAAAUGAUCCUGGAGAAUCAGGAGUGAAGGAGCUCAGUGAUUUAAUACAUGAUCCAAAUUGUCAACUGAAGACACUGAGGUUUUUGGGUCCUGCUGCUGAUGAAGCCUAUCAGUAUGUGAGAGAAAUUGUGGGUAAAAACUCACUACUUCUCAGAGAGCUGAAUCUGAGUGAACAUGAACUAGGAGACACACAAUUGAAUCGGAUGGCUGCUCUACUGCAGGAUAAACACUGUAAACUUAACACACUGAUACUUUGUAAUUGUGGUCUAACAGAGGAAAGCUGUUCAGCUCUUGCUACAGUCCUGAGAUCAAACUCCAGUCUGAAAGAGCUUGACAUGAGCAACAAUAAUCUGCUGGAUUCAGGAGUGAAAAAACUCCAGAACGGCUUAGAAAAUACAAACUGCACACUGGAGAAACUCAGACUUUCAGACUGCAGUAUCACUGAAGAAGGUUAUAAAGCUCUGGCUUCAGCUCUGAGAUCAAACCCUUCACACCUGAUAGAGCUGGAUCUCAAAGGAAAUGAUCCUGGACAAUCAGGGGUGAAGCAGCUCAAUGAUUUACUACAGGAUCCAAACUGUCAACUGAAGACACUGAGGUUUUUGAGUCCUGAUGCAGAUGAAGCCUGUCAGUAUGUAAGAGGAAUUGUGGGUAAAAACCUGUUACUCCUCAGAGAGCUGAAUUUGAGUGAACAUAAAUUAGGAGAUUCAAAUCUUAAUAAACUUGCUGUUCUACUGCUGGAUAAACACUGUAAACUCAACAGACUGAUGCUGAGUAAUUGUGAGCUAACAGAGGAAAGCUGUUUGGCUCUUGCUACAGUCCUGAGAUCAACCCCCAGUCUGAAAGAGCUUGACAUCAGCAACAAUAAUCUGCAGGAUUCAGGAGUGAAGAGACUCCAGGAUGGAUUAGAAAAUACAAACUGCUCACUGGAGAAACUCAUACUUUCAAAUUGCAGUAUUACUGAAGAAGGUUAUAAAGCUCUGGCUUCAGCUCUGAGAUCAAACCCUUCACACCUGAUAGAGCUAGAUCUCAUAGGAAAUGAUCCUGGACAAUCAGGAGUGAAGGAACUCAAUGAUUUACUACAGGAUCCAAACUGUCAACUGAAGACACUGAGGGUUUUGAGUCCUGCUGCAGAUGAAGCCUUUCAAUAUGUGAGAAAAAUAGUUAGUAAAAAUCCGUUACUCCUGAGAGAGCUGAAUCUGAGUGGAUGUGAUCUAGGAGACACAGGAGUGAAUCAGGUCGUAGCUCUACUGCAGGAUAAACACUGUCAACUCAACAUACUGAUGCUGCGUGAUUGUGGCCUAACAGAGGAAAGCUGUUCAGCUCUCGCUACAGUCCUGAGAUCAAAUUCCAGUCUGAAAGAGCUUGACAUGAGCAACAAUAAUCUGCAGAAUUCAGGAGUGAAGAAACUCCAAAAUGGCUUACAAAAUACUAACUGCACACUAGAAAAACUUAAAAUUUCAAACUGCAACAUUACUGAAGAAGGGUAUAUGGCUCUGGCUUCAGCUCUGAGAUCAAACCCUUCACACCUGAUAGAGCUAGAUCUCACAGGAAAUGAUCCUGGACAAUCAGGGGUGAAGCAGCUCAUUGAUUUACUACAGGAUCCAAACUGUCAACUGAAGACACUAAGGUUGUUGGGUCCUGAUGCAUAUCAAGCCUGUCAGUAUGUGAGAGGAAUUGUAGGUAAAAACCCGAUACUACUGAGGGAGCUGAAUCUCAGUGAACGUGAAGUAGGAGACACAGGAGUGAAUCAGCUCGCCGUUCUACUACAGGAUAAACACUGUAAUCCCAACACACUGACGCUGCGUAAUUGUAAUCUAACAGAGAAAAGCUGUUCAGUUCUCGCUACAGUCCUGAGAUCAAACCCCAGUCUGAAAGAGCUUGACAUGGGCAACAAUAAUCUGCAGGAUUCAGGAGUGAAGAAACUCCAGAAUGGAUUAGAAAAUACAAACUGCACACUGGAGAAACUCAGACUUCCAAACUGCAGUAUUACUGAAGAAGGUUAUAGAGCUCUGGCUUCAGCUCUGAGAUCAAACCCUUCACACCUGAUAGAGCUGGAUCUCACAGGAAAUGAUCCUGGACAAUCAGGAGUGAAGGAGCUUAAUGAUGUACUACAGUAUCCAAACUGUCAACUGAAGACACUGAGGUGGACUGACUUAAUUGUGCAUCUAGUGUUGCAUCACUAACAAGAAGUUUAAGUAGUCUCACCCUACCAUCAGUUCCUGGGAAACUUCUACCACUUUGGCUAGCUUCCACUGAUAUCAUAAUUUGAAAAAUAUCAUAUCAUCAUCUUGGCAUUUCUCCUGUGCUUAUUCCACUUACUUCUCUGCUGCAAACUCAACAGAUAUUGCUUUCUCCACCUGGUCCAAAACUCAUUUGCCAGAAACUGACCUCUCUUUCAUCUCUUCUUAAGAUAGAGAUCCUCCCUUACAAACUCUCCAGGAGGUGGUGCAAUGAUAGUGGACUUCAUUGUUAGUGUAUGAUUCAGCAUCAAUGGUUCUGGACCCACAGGAUCAUUGGUGUGUACUGAGGUCAAUGAUCGAAUAUUCACUAUCGCCAUUACUUCAUACAUUCAUACAAAUUUCUUAAGGAAGAACUGUCCAGUUUAGACUAGUCUAGGAUGGACACAAGUACACUAUACUGUCCAGAUCUGUGUCUCCCAGACACCACCAAUGUGACUGGAAGCAGGUGGGGGUCAUGACUAAGGUACAGCCUAACUCCUUCAAACAUUCUUGGUCCAUUCCCUUUAUCAACUCCAGGAACUCUCCCUUUGCAUUAAAAAAGUUGGUCCCUUGGUCCCUAUGCAGUUGACAUGAAUUGACACAUAUAGCAAUAAAACAAUGCAAUGUGUUAAGAAAGGCAUCAGUGUUAACAUGAUCCUUUCUGGUGGCAGAUCAGCCAUCCUCUGCUCCUGGUUGCAUUUCCUUAGCUUCUUACACUUAAUGAAUUUGUAGAUGAGAGAUGACACUUCACUACUGGAUCCCAAAAUCCAAAUACCAAUGGAGCAAAUUUCAUUGAUGGUCAUGCCAUGACUUCGAUGUUGCACCUUCUUCAUGGAAUGGUUUUAUGCAUAGACAAGGUACAUGAUGCCCUUUUGGAAGAAUGGUUGGAUGCUUGACAUGAGGGUGAAGCAUGAGGUCUCCAUUAAUCUCUUCCACCUUAGUAUCCACCUUAGGGAGUUCUCUUUGACAUAAGAAUCUUGGACCAAUAAACCUGUUAGAUCCCAUGAGUUCCUUUACAGUGAGCCCACAAGAGGCGUGGAAAGCUGGGUUUUGAUCUGACACAACAUAUGUCCAUUUACUAGGUUCAGAGCUUGUCCUGAUCUGCUGAAUUCAUUGGCUACAAAUACAUGGAACUGUCUUGCAUCAAUGUUAAUAUAACCAAAGACAACCUUGGAGUAGGUCCAGUAGUAUUCACGAAUGCCAUCUAAUUCUAGUUCACUUUAGAGCAGAUUACCAGUUUUUGUGCCGACCACUGCAGCUGAAAGCUCCAGGUUUGAGUUUGUAAUUAGCUCUGUUGGGGCAACCCUAGCUUUACCCAUAACAAGAGUGCAGUAGACUUCUCCAGACAUGGUCAUAGUUCUGGUAUGAACAUACUCCUUAAACAGACACACUGGCAUCAGAUAAAUGUUGUAGCUCAUAUUGUUGAACAUUCUUGAAUGCUGAUGGCACAUAAGUGUGAUAUCUUUACUGAAGAUACAUUUGACCUUAUGGAGGUCUCACAGUUAAGCUUCUCAGUGCGGCUAGAGGUCAUCAGGAAGAGGUUCGUCCUAGCCUAUCUUUUCUUGACACAUUCUUUGUAGGUUUUUUUUUCCCUCAAUUAGAAUGGAGUGACAAAUCCAUGAGGAUCAAAUUCAUUUCUAUCAUAAUGAGCAGGAUUACUGUUGAAUCAAUACAGACAUCAGUAGAGUAAAACUAAACUCAGAUCAUGUUCCCUAUUACUGGAGGAACAAUCCAGCACUUGUUGUAUUUUGCUACAUAAUGGUAGGAAGAGCCAGCAUUAAAGAGCAACAAGCGACGUCACUAUGGCCAUCACAAGCUAGUUAUCCCUUUGCUAACUUUUCUCAUCUCCUGAUUAAAAGCCAGAAUGAUCUUGAGACACUAAUUCCACUGUCCAUUUUUGAGAAUCAUGUUCUAGGGCCCUUUUGCUCUGUGGGACGUUUCUGUCUUCCUAAGUUUGAAGUAAGACUUUCUUUGAAAUAAUUGUGGUUUUUUUACAUUGUUUUAAAAUUGAUUUAUUUGUUUAUUUAAAUGUUCAAUGUAAAACUGUUAAAAGUAACUAGAGUUUGUCAUUACAAACAAUGUUUGAUAAUCUUAACUUGUCUUGUAAUGCAAUGUACAUUGAACUGAAUCCUGCUUUAAAUUCCCUUUUGCAGAUUUUUGAGUCCUGCUGCAAAUGAAGCUUGUCAGUAUGUGGAGAGUGUUGUGGGUAAAAACCCAUUACUCCUGAGAGAGUUGAAUCUCAGUUUACAUAAACUAGGAGAUACACGAGUAAAUCAGGUCGCUGCUCUGCU